AUGAGCUGCUUUAAAGGCCAGAGAUGCCUUAAGAGAGAUUUAAUUGGGCGGUCCACGAAUGACGUGGCCGACGCGGUCUACGUAAUGUUUAUUCCGUGGCCCCUAUUUAUAGCUCCUGCUGCUGCUGCUUCCUCUUCCCUCGAAGGUGAUCGGGGCCCCGCCCGCCUCGGGAUCCGCGGCGGCGGCGGCGAUGAGGCGGUGGACUACGCCGAGAUCUUCGGCGCCGUGUCGAGCUCCGCCUCGAUUCCCGUCCUCGACCUCUCGUCUCCGGCGAUCUCCGGCACCGGGGCAGGCGAGGCCGCGGCGGAGGACGCCGGGAUCGACUACCCCGAGGUGUUCGGCGGCGGCGAUGGCGAGGGUUUCGGCGCCUUCUACGAGGAUUUGGUCGCGGAGAAGAAGCGAGAAGAGGAAGUAGAAGAAGAAGAAGAAGAAGAAGGGGUCUCCUCUCAUCGGAGGAAUCUGAAGGGAGCAUGCUUUGAUCACGAUGCAACUGGAGUUUCUCCUUCGCCAAAUUUAGUAUGUUAUAGCCCAUCAAACCCAGAAAAGAAUGAACUCCAUUUUGGGAGAGCACAACAAGGAAAAAAGCAGCCUUCUUUGUUUACCUCUACUGGUAAGAGUGGAAAUUUUUCGAAAACUAAUGAGAAAGAAGAGAAUAAAAUAAAGGAAACGCCCCCAUCAUCAAAACAGCCACCUGUAGCAACAAUGAAGAAGGACAUGAAACCAAAAUCUGAAUAUGAUGGGUUUUUUCAGAAGCCCAAGGGAAGUUAUGAGUUUCAGAAUUGCAGAAGUGCUUAUAAGUAUAGAAAAGCUCAUCAAAAGGCUGCAACUAAAAGCUCAAGUGAUUCGACUGAUGCUCCUGCAGCUAAUGCUGCUGCAGCUAGUGCUGCUUUGAAAGAAGCAAUGGAACAAGCUGAAGCUAAGAUGAGGAGUGCAAAGGAGAUGAGGGAGAGCAUAGGCAAGUUGUUCAAAAGCAGCGCAAAGCUUGAUCCUAAUGAUGCAAUUUGUAGCGAGGAAAGGGAGAAUAAAGCUGAAUGCGAAGGAAAAUCCUUCAGUAAAAAGUUGAUUCAUGCAGCUGCUAUGAAAAAGCCGGAAUUUAGGGAAUCACCCCCACUUACUAAUGAAGGGAUUAAUCCAUUCCAAUCAUCAUACAACUCAGUGGAGACAAGUGGUACAAGAGAAGGAAGUGAAGAAAUCUCGCAGCUGGUAAACGAUGCAAAUGAUGCUGAAGAGGUUUUUAAAUGCUCUGAGAAGGAAGGGAAUAUGAAGGAAGUGAAAGCUAAAUCAAAGAACAGAGCGGAGGAAGGAGAAGAAACAGAAAGCAAUGACAGAAGAAGCCAGGAAAUGAUGAUAGGAUUUAAAGAGAAAUCUGAGUUGAAAACCUUCAGCAAACAUUCCCAAGUAAUUACAGGGUGCAAUGGUGAGACAGAAAAAUCAGAGAAAACUGAGAAAAUUACAAAUGCUGUGAUGAAUACAAGCAGGAAAGAAGAAAUCGACAAGAUAAUCGACGAAGUUAAAGAGGUAUGCAUAUCAGAAAAAGAUAAGAUCUCUCUGGAACCGUCUCCACAGGUUGUUGAUCCUGGACAAUACAAAAGUAAAAAAGAGGAUUACGUCAAUUUUAGUAUUAUUCAGGAGAAAACUGAGUCGAAAUCUGGAGCUUCAAAGGUGGUUUUUAAGCUCGAUACAAGUUCUAUACAAUCAGCGGCUGUUGAGAGUGUGAAGAUGAAAGAGGUCAAAACACCGGGGGUGAAAAUUAAAAACAAUGAGGAAGACAGUAGGGCCCAGGAAUUGUUCUUGGGGGAAACCAAUGAGAAAUCAAAAGCAGUCGAAAAAACCCUUCAUCGUGAAGAAAAUGAGAAUAUAAGGAAACCGGCUAACCUUUCAUAUUAUACUGAAAAGACCCCGUACGAAAUAAAAGAAACUGAUCAGAAACUGGAGCCUGAAGAACCCAAGAAAUUUGAGAGGACUCAAUAUGCACAUAACAAGGGAAUCAUAGGAGGUAAAGAGAUCCCUCAACUCCAAAGCUUCACUAAAAAAUCCCAAUUAACUGGUGAGUUAGCAAGUAAAUAUAAAAGGGAUGGGAACACUUACUCUUAUAAUGAAACUUUUGAAUGGUAUUCAGACGCAAAGAAGUAUACAAAUACUUUAAUGGGUAGCAGAAGCGAAGAAGAAAUGAAGGGGUUAUUCGAUACAUUUCCGAAGGUCUCUAUGCAAGUAAAAGAUAAGAUCUCCAAAGAACUAGCUCCAGAAGUUGAUGUGCAUGGACAGGACAAAAAUAACAUUGAGGAUCUCACUACUCAAGUUAAAACUGAACUCGAACCGGACAGCAGAAUGAACUCGAAUGAGACAUGCAAAGAUUCUGAGGAGACUUACAAACCUGGUGAUUUUUAUUAUGCAAGAAAAGAGGAAAAGAAGUCCUUGGCCAGCAAAAAGGAUCAUGAAUGCGCAAGAUGUGUAGAGGAACUUAAUGCAAUUCCUGGGCUACCGGUGCUUGAUGUGAGUAUGAAGACGAAAGUGCUCAUAUAUUCAAAAGAGGAAGAUACAAACAAUGAGGAAAAUAGAGCGUCCAAGGAAUCAUUCUUAUACGAAGCAGAGAAGAAGACAGUAGCAGCUCGAGGGACUUCUCAUUGUGGAGAAAAAGAAAAAAUAAAGGCACCAUCUAACUUUUUAUAUUCUGCUGAAAAAGACAGGUGCAAAGUAAAAGAAAUUGAUCAGAAAGGAGAGCUUAAGGAACCCAAGAAGGCAGAGAGUAUUCAAUAUGCACACAGCCAAGAUAAAAGUGAAAAGGAGAUAAGGCCUGAAACAGCAAAAGAGACUAUAGAAGAUGCAGCGAAUAAAAAUAAGCUGGGUUCUGCAAAAGAGGGCUCCCAGAUAGAUUACGCUGAGAAAUGGGCAGCGGUAACUCAACUCCUUCGUCAGUGUAGCGAAAAGAACCAUAAGACAACAUUUGAAAAGGAGAAAACUAUAGAUAGGAUGCGAAAAGAUGAAGAAAAUGGGCGAAAAGAUGUGCAGAAAGAAGAUGCGAGUGGAAAGGGAGGUGUAGAAGAGAAAAAUGUUCACAAGGAGAAAUUGUUGCAGAGGAAGUUAGAAGAGAAGGAGAGGGAGAUAGAGAGACAGAAAGACAAUCUUGCUGUCAAAAGAGUCCUUUAUGGAGCUCAUGAAAGGGCAGUUGCUAAAGACCGGCACAGAGCAACAAAGGUAGCUGCGGACAAGGCAGAAGCUCGAGAAAGAGCUGUGAAAGCUUCUUCCGAAAAGGCUUCUGAAGGAGCCAAAGUGAGGGCCGCAGUUGCAAGAGCAACUGCUGAGGCUUUGGAGAGAGCUGCUCGGAAAGCCGCUCUAGAAGCAAGACAAUGCACAGAGAGAUCGAUGAGCAGUUCGGGAAAUAAUCGCGCAAAAGAUAAUGAAGCACAAGGUCAUUUUCGAGCCAAUUAUAUGGAUAUUAAUCAAAGGAGUACGCAGCCUGAUGACUCCUCAAAGGAUGCGGUGUCUCGUAUUGUUAAUCAGAGACAUUCUCGUUCAAAUUAUCAUGGUUCCGACGGUGCGCCAGCAUUAAGAUUUAAAGCAAGGAUAGAGAGGCAUCAACGGAUUGCCGAGCGCGCAGCAAAAGCUCUCGCAGAUAAGAACACACGCGAUAUGCUUGCGCAGAGAGAGCAAGAAGAGCGACACAGGUUAGCAGAUUCUCUUGAUUGUGAGGUCCGUAGGUGGGCAACCGGAAAGGAAGGAAACUUGCGAGCACUGCUGUCCACGCUGCAAUACAUUCUUGGGCCUGACAGUGGGUGGCAGCCAAUUUCUCUGACUGACUUGGUAACAGCAGCAGCUCUGAAAAAAGCCUACAGGAAGGCCACUCUCUGUGUUCAUCCUGAUAAACUACAGCAGCGGGGCGCGAGCAUUCCGCAGAAAUAUAAAUGCGAGAAGGUCUUUGAUCUCUUAAAGGAUGCUUGGAACCGGUUUAACUCGGAACAGAGGUGAGAUGGAGGCUUUUAACCUCAAAAGGAUGCGCUUAUUUGGAAAGUCAUUUAUAAAUAUAAAUUAUAAAUAACAUGCAUGUUGUAAAUAUCUUCUAUAGAAACAUAUUGUGAACAUAAACUUCAAAAAAAAAAAACUUCAAGAUAGAGACAUAUUGUGAAUAUCUUUAUAGAGACCUUUUCUUAUAUAUAUUAUUAUAUGAAAACUAUAUGUGAAGCUCAUGCGCCAAUCAGCAAAUGUAUGUGUGUAGUGGGUUACUACUAAUUUAACAUCUCAAUGAAAAACUGGACCGCUGAGGAGCGCGCGCGCGCGUGUGUAUAUAUAUAUAUAUAUAUAUAUAUAUAGAGAGAGAGAGAGAGAGAGAGAGAGAGAGAGAGAGAGAGAGUUGAGCUAAAAAAUACUGGAGCUCAACGCAUUUGUGAUUUUUUAGUCGUCGGAUUGUCUCAAGAUUUGUACAAUACUAGUAAAAAGACUUAGCGAAAUAAAUCGUUAACAGUAGUAUUGUACGAAUUUACGGUAAUCCAAUAGCUAAAAAUAUUACAAGCACG